AUGCUUUCUGCUAAACUCGUAUUCGCUUCUCUAUUUGCAUUUGUGGCCUCAGCCUUUGCCGCUGAACUUAACUUGAAGACUCUCAAGGGAACUGGUCAUAAUGAUCUUGGUUUGCAACUUGGCUGGUUCAAGCCAUUGGUUGGCAAGGAACUCCAAAAGGUUCGCUGCGGUGCUCAUGAACUCUGGAGCACAACCGAGAAGGAACACGAACUUCUUGUUCUCUCCAAGUGCAAGGAGGCCGCUCACUUCUUCUUCCUCCGUUACCUCCAAAUAGCUGGAGAGGAGGCCGCCGCUCAAGAUAGCAAUGCUCCAAAUCUCAUGCAGUAA